UGACCCCUUUCUAUCAGCUCUGGGGGAGGGAGGUAAAAAGUGAAAAGGAUUUUACCUGCGUCAACAGAAACCUUCCAAAGUGAGGACCUGCUGUAAGAGCAUCAUAUGGUUUUUUUUGGACAUCAGCCUAGUCUGGGUCUUUUCAGCAUUUGUCAGCGUGGAAGAGAGACAUCUGGCACCUGUCUCCUUGUUUGAACACCUAUCACAGGUUCUCAUCUAGCUCCCACCUACAAUCAAGAUGUAUAGUUUCAUGGGAGGAGGUCUAUUUUGUGCCUGCGUAGGCAACAUACUACUGGUCGUAUCUACAGCGACUGAUUACUGGAUGCAAUAUCGUUUGUCAGGGGCAUUCGCCCACCAGGGUCUCUGGAGAUACUGUGAUACUGGAAAAUGCUACAUGCAGACUGAGAGCAUUGCUUACUGGAACGCCACACGGGCCUUUAUGAUCCUGUCUACUUUGUCCUGCUUUGCUGGUAUCAUCGCUGGAAUUCUCUCCUUUGCUCACUUCUCCACUUUCCAACGGUUUAACAGAUCCUUUGCUGCUGGGAUCAUGUUCUUUAUUUCCACCCUGUUUGUGCUGUUGGCCAUGGCAAUCUACACAGGAGUAACUGUCAAUUUCCUUGGAAAGCGUUAUGGAGACUGGCGUUUCUCUUGGUCCUAUAUCUUGGGUUGGGUGGCUUUGCUUAUGACCUUCUUUGCAGGGAUAUUUUACAUGUGUGCUUAUAGGAUGCACGAGUGUCGGCGAGUGACGGGACCACGUUAACGCAACACGAACAGUUGCAUGACACCUCUCGGAUAAAGAAAUCAUCCUUCAAAGGAAAAAAGGAAGCAGCUACUUAUAUUUUAAUCUUCAUUAGCCAAUUGUGUUUGCACCUCAGCAGUAAGGUGACCAUUAGAUAAGUUUUAGAGUUAAUUAUUAGAAGAAAAUGAAGAAAUCACUGUAGUGAUUAUUUGAUAUGGUUUUUGCCCUUCAAUCACAUUUUAAGAGGAGUAACACGGUAUUCAAUGAUAAACAUAGGACCUAUUUAGCAAUGUCAAACUGCAGCAUUUCUGUCACAAAAUUUUAAUAUGAUACAAACGGUAAAACCCACUAAGGGCGGUCCCUAUACUUUCAGCUAAGUGGCUCUAAAAAUGUAUAGUAUACAGUAUAUAACCAGUUUUUGGGGCCUUCGCUCUUU